AUGACGAUGGCAGCUGUGGAGAAAAGAAGGGUGCGCAAAAGUCUGCUAGCAUCCGAGGGAUUGAAGGAUUGGAGACAUCUUAGUGAGAAGCUCAAAUUGCAUGAGAAUAGUGUUGAGCAUAUCACUAACAUGAAUAUUUGGAAUGAGGUGAGGCUGAGGCUAAGUAAGAAGGAAACAAUUGAUAAAGACAUGCAACAAGAGAUUGCAAGGGAGAAGGAAUCGAAUGAGAAAUUAUAUCAAGAUAACAACGGAAAUUUUUUGGGAGUAAUUGAAAUGAUGGCAGAAUUUGAUCCUGUAAUGCAAGAGCAUCUUCGGCGCAUUAAGAAUUGUGAAAUCCAUCAUCAUUAUCUUGGCCAUAAUAUUCAGAAUGAGUUAAUUUCCCUUCUUGAUUCACUUAAAUCUGUUGGUUUGGAUGUUAAAGAUGUUCAUGGACAAGGGUAUGACAAUGGUUGGAACAUGAAGGGAAAACACCAAGGGGUACAGAACAGACUACUUGAAACUAAUCCAAGAGCAUUAUUCAUGCCAUGCGCUUGUCAUAGCCUGAACCUUACUCUUAGUGAUAUGAUUGAAGGUGCCAUCUCAUAUUUUAAGAAGUACAGAAAUGACGGCUUUGCAACCAGUCUGGAUAUUGCGAGAUCUAUUGCAAUUGACAUGGGUGUACAACCUUUGUUUCCUGUCAAGAGACGUAUUACUAGAAAAAGACAGUUUGAUGAAAUUAGUGGCAAUGACGAAAAUAACCAGAAUGAAGAAACGCAAGCAAGUGAGGUGGAAUCAUUUAGAGUUAAAUACUUUUUGGUGAUGAUUGAUGUUGCAAUUGCUUCCCUAACUACUAGAUUUGAGGAACUGAAGACAUUUGGGAGCAUAUUUGGUUUUUUGUUCAACUCUAAAGAGUUGAAGUCCUUGGGUGAUAAUGAUCUAAGAAGAUGUUGCACUAAUUUUGUCAACAAAUUCACUCAUGAUAAGUCAGCAGAUGUCGAUCUAGAUGAUUUCGUUUCUGAACUAAAAGUAUUGCUGAUGACAUUGCCAAACACAUUCAUGUCAGCGGAUCAGAUAUUUGAGUUUGUUAGAGAUGCGGAUUGUUAUCUAAAUGUCGCAAUUGCUUAUCGUAUCCUUUUGACCGUACCUGUGACUGUUGCAUCAGCUGAAAGGAGUUUCUCAAAAUUGAAACUAUUGAAAAAUUAUUUGAGGUCAAUGAUGUCUUAA